UAUUCACACAUAUAUAUCCUCUAGUCUCUGUACUGUUCAUAUUAUAUACGGAGUAGUAUAGAUUGGAUUCCUAUAAGGCAAUUAACACAAAUUGUUGGAUCCCCGGCCUGGGCUUCAUCAUAUCAGAGCCCUCGCAAGAAAGCUAUGGCGGAGAGAGCCCAAAUCCCGCAGGGGCUAACGGAGGAGGAAUUCUCGGAGCUAGAGCCGUUGAUCCGGCGGUACCACACCUUCGAUCACGUGCCCAACACAUGCACGUCUCUGAUCACGCAGCACAUCGACGCGCCGGCGAGCGUGGUGUGGCCCAUCGUCCGCCGCUUCGACAACCCGGAGAAGUACAAGCAUUUCAUCAAGAGCUGCCGGAUGACCGGCGACGGCGGCGUGGGGAGCAUCCGGGAAGUCACCGUCGUCUCCGGCAUCCCCGCCGCCACCAGCACCGAGCGCCUCGAGAUCCUCGACGACCACAACCACAUCCUCAGCUUCCGCGUCGUCGGCGGCGAGCACCGCCUCAAUAACUACCGGAGCGUCACCUCGGUCAACCAAUUCCCCCGCCGCCGCGGGGCCCACAACAAUAACAACAACAAUAACAAUAAUAAUAACGGCUUUUACACAGUCGUUUUGGAGUCUUAUAUUGUCGAUAUACCCGAAGGGAACACCGGAGCCGAUACGCGUAUGUUUACCGACACGGUGGUUAAGCUGAAUCUGCAGAAGCUUGGGGUGGUGGCCAUGGCGGCUUUGCAUGGCGGAGGCGGAGGCGGAGGUAGUGGUGGUCACUCAUGAAUGGUAUAGUUGGGCGGUGCUAUUUUGUAACUUUAUUUAUUCUUACCCUUUUUUUUCUUUUUCUAAAAUAUUUUUAUAAUACUAUUUCCUUAGAGCCUAGUGCAUGGUUUUCUUCCA